AGGGCGCAGAGAUCACCGCGGCGCCACUGGGGACGCCCAGGGCCCCGAGCGGUCCCCACGCGGGACCGCAAACGAUGACAACAGGCAAUCGCUCGAGGUCGAAUAAAAAGGAGUCGCUUCCCCGCGCGCCGCCGCCCCCCGCUGCCUGCCCCGGGGGGGGCCCCCCCGGCGGCCUCCAGUGGCCGCGGGCGCCGGCGUCCCCCGCCCCCGCCCCGCGCGCAAGUGCGAGGCUGCCCGCGGCGAGGCUCACGCUCUGCCGCUCCCGGCUUCCGCGCAAAACUUCGAGCAGGGCCGCGUGAAGUUGUCGCUCCCCUUUCGGAGCGGGAAAGAGCUUGGGGAAGAGCCGGGCAGUGAGGACCGCGGUGGCUGGGCGCGCGCUUUUUUUUUUUUUUUUUUUUCUGUCGUCGAUCCGGAGUUUUGGCUCCUCUCCUUUCCUCCUCCCCCUCGUAGCCGGCUUCUCCCCCCGCCCCGUCUCUCCCCCACUGGUGUAAGCUGUUUGUUGGGGGGUGGCCGAAGGGGAUGUCCUCUUUUCACCAGAGGCACAGCGUUAAGGGGAAACUUCAACACUGGAAGGCACGAGAAUAAGUACCUAAAUACGGACGCACGGAUCCGCUGCUGGGGGAGACACUUGAACUUUGGGAUCCCGAGACGGUCCGGGCGGCAGGAGAUAGUCCAUUUUUGAUUGAAGGAAGCUGCUUCUACUUGGGAGUGGCAGGAGAAGUAAGAAAACCACAUGGAAGACUCCCAGGAUUUAAAUGAACAAUCAGUAAAGAAAACGUGCACAGAAUCAGAUGUUCCAGAACCCCAGAAUUCCAGGUCUAUGGAAAUGCAGGACCUAGCAAGUCCUCAUCCUCUUGUUGGAGGUGGCGAUACUCCUGGUAGCUCCAAACUGGAGAAAGCUAAUCUCAGCAGCACAUCAGUCACCACAAAUGGGACAGGAGGGGACAACAUGACUGUUUUAAACACUGCAGACUGGUUGCUGAGUUGCAACACCCCCUCCUCCGCAACAAUGUCUCUCCUUGCAGUCAAAACAGAGCCUUUGAACAGCAGUGAAACCACAACCACGACUGGAGAUGGAGCGCUUGACACUUUUACUGGGUCAGUAAUAACAAGUAGUGGCUAUAGCCCCAGAUCAGCGCAUCAAUAUUCCCCACAGCUGUAUCCUUCCAAGCCCUAUCCACACAUUCUUUCUACACCAGCAGCUCAAACAAUGUCUGCCUAUGCAGGCCAGACUCAGUAUUCGGGGAUGCAGCAGCCAGCCGUCUACACAGCGUACUCACAGACAGGACAGCCCUAUAGCCUGCCCACUUACGAUCUGGGCGUGAUGUUACCAGGCAUCAAGACAGAGGGCGGACUCUCACAAACUCAGUCGCCGUUACAGAGUGGGUGCCUCAGUUACAGCCCAGGGUUUUCUACCCCACAGCCAGGCCAGACACCUUAUUCUUACCAGAUGCCAGGUUCUAGCUUUGCACCAUCAUCUACUAUUUAUGCAAAUAAUUCAGUUUCCAAUUCAACGAACUUCAGUGGUUCACAACAGGAUUAUCCAUCCUACACAGCCUUUGGCCAAAACCAGUAUGCACAGUAUUACUCUGCAUCAACAUACGGAGCAUAUAUGACAUCAAAUAACACAGCUGAUGGCACGCCCUCCUCCUCCUCAACCUACCAGCUGCAGGAAUCUCUCACAGGACUGACUAGCCAACCAGGUACAGAUCUUCAUCCAGGAGAGUUUGAUACCGUGCAGAGCCCCUCCACACCCAUCAAAGAUCUUGAUGAGAGAACGUGCAGGAGUUCUGGGUCAAAGUCCCGAGGAAGAGGCCGGAAAAGUAAUCCCUCCCCACCUCCCGACAGUGACCUGGAGCGUGUGUUUGUCUGGGACUUGGAUGAAACCAUCAUUGUUUUCCACUCACUGCUCACGGGAUCUUAUGCCCAGAAGUAUGGCAAGGAUCCCCCCAUGGCUGUAACCCUUGGACUCCGAAUGGAGGAGAUGAUUUUUAAUCUUGCUGAUACACAUUUAUUUUUUAAUGAUUUAGAGGAGUGUGAUCAAGUUCACAUAGAUGAUGUUUCCUCUGAUGAUAAUGGGCAAGACUUAAGUACCUACAGUUUUGCAACUGAUGGCUUCCAUGCAGCUGCAAGUAGUGCAAACCUUUGUUUGCCAACAGGUGUAAGAGGAGGGGUUGACUGGAUGAGGAAGUUGGCUUUUCGUUACAGAAGAGUAAAAGAAUUAUACAACACCUACAAGAACAAUGUGGGAGGACUUCUUGGCCCCGCCAAGAGAGAUGCGUGGCUGCAGUUGAGGGCUGAGAUUGAAGGUCUGACGGACUCCUGGCUAACAAAUGCACUUAAAUCUUUAUCAAUUAUUAGUACUAGGAGUAACUGCGUAAAUGUCUUGGUAACAACAACCCAGCUGAUCCCAGCACUUGCGAAGGUUCUGCUCUAUAGUUUAGGAGGUGCUUUCCCCAUUGAGAAUAUUUACAGUGCAACUAAAAUAGGCAAGGAAAGCUGUUUUGAGCGUAUAGUGUCCAGAUUUGGCACUAACAUAACUUAUGUUGUGAUUGGAGAUGGCCGAGAUGAGGAGCAUGCCGCUAACCAGCACAAUAUGCCCUUUUGGAGGAUAUCAAGUCAUUCAGACCUCUUGGCUCUACAUCAAGCACUGGAAUUAGAGUAUUUGUAACUGUGUUCUCUAGCUGGAGAUCCGUUUUUUUUGUUGGUUUUUUUUUUUUUUUUUUUUUUUUUUUUAUAUUUCAAGUACACUGAAUUUUUAUGUGUGAUUCAAUGCCUCUGGCUUUACACAUAUAAAUUGUCUUAAAGGAUGAAAUCAUAUUUGGAAUGAGAAUUCCAGAAUGAAGAAUUCAGAUUGCUGAAUGGAAUUAAACUUUAGUGCUACAGAAAGGAAGCUCUAUGGUCUUAUAUUUACAACACUUUAAUGGUUUAAAAAAAAAAUCUGUGGAGGUUGCUGGUACACACCGUAUGAGUCCUAACUGGAAAUAACAGCUUUAGCAAAGAGCUCUCACCCUGGCAAAGCACCAACACAGGCUCCGUCUGACAAGGUUCAACAACAUUCCUCAAAAUGGGAGAUCUUCUCAGCCCUGAGGUUUGAAUCUGACUUUAGCCUACCUAGCCCAGAAAAUCUGAAUUGGAAUGCACUCAGACUGUGUAAGGACAGUCCUAUCUAGACCUGUAAUUUGUGUAAAUUAUUGAUGAAAGUAAUUUACUGUGACUUUAUUAGCAGCUGACUUUGAAAGUGGAUGCAAUUUUUCUUUCAUUUGUCGGGGAGGGUAGUGGGAGGGGAAAUGGGAAUCUAAUCAUGUCUCUUUUUUAAGUUUGGCAAACAGAAUGUUCAUACUGAUGUGUUGUGCCUUAAAGACAAGACAGCAUUUGUGUGUUACAAUGUAACUUUGGUUAAAACCUCUGUAGAUAAUGAAGAACAAAAACCUUUGUGAUCAUUCUUAAGAUGACCAAAUUUAAAAUUCAAGCUAUCAAAGCUUAAUAAUGCAUCAGCAAGAAACUGAGUAUUUGUUGCAAUAAGAAAACAAUAAUAAUAAAGGAAAGCUUGUGUUUUAUUUGGGUUCUUAAUAAUUCCAAUAAUUGUAUGAGGCAACUAUUUGUGCAUCCAACCAGAAGCAGAAGGUUUGGGAAAGACUGUGGGACCUUUACUUAGAAAGUGAAAUGUAUGUUGAAACCUCGAGUACCCUUUCUACAGUUUUACUGGAGAAAACUAAGAGCCAUACUCAUGAUGACCUAUAUACUAUUUGGAGUUUGACUUGUUGAUACGUCUAGGUUGUAUAGAGGAAAAUAUUCUGAUGAAAAUCAUAAGCAAAUAUCACCCAAACUUUCUUAGAAUAUGCAUGAACAUGGCUUAAAAUUCACAUUGGGUGAACAGGGCUUAAAAUAAAGCUAAGUGCAUUUAUUCCCAAUGCCAUUGCAAAAAUGAAGUGUCAUCAGUAGUGGAAGGUGAAUGCCCCAGAUGGUUUCUAAGGAAAGAAGUGAAUCAAUGAAAAUUUUACCUAGACUAUCAUCAUAAAAUAAAUUAACAAGUGAGCCAGAUCUUGGCAGCAUUACUGAAGUUACAACAGUGAAAUAGUAUCUGGUUCUCUGUCUUAACACAUCCAUCCAGUUUCUCUCCAUUACAGACCUGCGUACCUUAGUUUCUGGCUGUACCAUUACUGCACAAUGGACUUCAUUCAUUGCAAGGAGAGCCUGUCAUCGUUGUGUUUGCAUGUUUUUUUUUCUUGGUGUGUAGCCCAUGUUAGGAACACGAUACAGGUUCUCCUGUCAUUUCGUAUGACAUGAUUUCCCUUGUGGAAAUUUAAGACUUCAAGAUCUAGGAGUGUUUUAAAGGUGUCUACACCUGCAGUUCUGUGUUUAAAAUGUCACAGUGUGAAACUUGCCAUCCAGCUACUAAGCAGUGCUCCUAACCAGAGGCUGGUCCAUGAUAAUCCAUCAUCUGAGGCUUCGGUGGUUCCCAAAUGAUUGGUGCUUUGUACACUGAUCACAACAUUUGCUAUGGAAAUGUGAUUUUAUUUUCCAGGCUAUAAACCUGUAUUUCUUUACUGUACGCUAAGGCCAUGUUUACAUUGGGCAGAAAGAGAUUGAGACUCUAUUUUGCAGAUUUUAAGGUUGUGGUUUCAUCACAUGUAGACCUUAAUCUUAAUCUUUAAAUUUUGUAGCUUUUGGCUACCUCUGCACCAAGUACUGUUGCAGACAAAUUAAGGUUGGAAUACUUAAUAAUAAUAAUAAUAAUAAUAAUAAUAAUAAUAAUAAUAAUAAAUCUUAUAUUUCUAUUGGCCUUUAGCUUGAAAAUAGUAGUUUUAAAAAAUUAAAGAGCUGCAUUGAUUAGCAAUACAUAAUUCUAUUUUGUGCACUAAAACCUUAAAUAUUUAUUACUGUGAACAAAGCAAAAUUAUCUUUACUGUAGAGCCAGGUUCUUUAAAUGAUAGAAUUUUGGCAUUACGUCGAAAUUUUUCACUCUUUUUUUCAUAUCAAACAGGCAAGGCUUCUUAUGCUGCUAAACCUGCAGGUACAGAAAGGAACACCCCUUUACAGGGCAAAGAGAAAAGUCACUGAUUACAUCAGCAGUGCUAUUUCUCACAGACCUCUUCGCCGAUGAUGAUGUGUUCAGAAGAGGCUGCCAGCCUAAAACCUAAAUGCUAGGUUGUCGGAGAACAGUUCACCUGGCACCACCGUGGUGCAGGCCAGUGAGCCCACAUCACAGUUUGUCCUGUGACCUUGAGCAUGCUCAGGCUAGAACGCUUCUCUUCCCCCCCCUAGGAACCCAAGAUCCUAUUCCUUCCCGAUCUUAAAAACAAAAGAUAAACCAACAAACAAAAAAGCCCCUUUGGAAGUUUCCAUGUUCUGUUGACAUAUAGAAUAUUGUGCCUUAUUAUAAACCAAUUUGAAAUGUUUUGUCACGGACAUGGGUUUUUGGUUCCUAUAUGUACAAACUUGUGAUAUCACCGGGACAGGUAACCACCUCGUGUUACACCUAAAGAAUAGCAAAACAGGUGGCCCAGCUACAAUACUAUCACAGACAAGAUUAAGUCAUUACACCCUGCAAAGAUUUGUAAAUCAAAUUCAGAGGCAAAAAAAUAUUUUAGUAUCAUGCAAUUUGUGCACAAAAAGUAGAUAAUAACACUCUAAAAAUGUUUUUUCCCUUAGUCUCUGGUGAGCUAAGAUUCCAAAUAGUGUCAACAGCAUGCUCAGUAUGAAGGUUUUUUUGGGUUUUUUUUUUUAAUGCACAUUUGUUUAUGACAAGCCUGCAUUCUCAGUGAAUAUGGCAUUUAGUAUUUCUUUUAAAAACAAACAAGCAUCUUGAGCCAAAGUUGCAUUUUUGACUCCCAACUAUGGUAGCAUUAUGGAAAUCUAACAAAGUCAAGGGUUUCUGUUACGUAUUAGUAAAGUAUAGAUUAUUGGGGCCUACAUAAUUUAAAGAAAUGUAAAUUAAUAUUAAAAGCUUGUAAAAAUAUGUAUAUCUUUACUAUUUCUCAAUAAAUACCUUUGGAAAUGA